AUGAUGAUCAUCUUGUCAAUGUCAUCACAAUCAUCAUCUGCAACGGCAUCUUCUUCUUCUUCUACCUUUACUACGUGUUCCUUGGGCAAUGAUUCACAACAGCAUCAGCAACAUCAGCAGGUCAAUGACUACGGCUGUGCUUGUUUCCAAAAUAGUACAGAACUUCGAAAAGCAGUGGAUACCUUUAUCCAAGAUGGCUGUUCGGAUGACCACAACUGCAAAUUAAAGACUGCCAUUGUGAAAACAUAUGGCUGGCCCAUGGGCACCUGGUGUGUUUCUUCUGUAACGGAAAUGGACCAAUUGUUUAGCAACAAGAAAACAUUCAAUGAUGACAUUUCUGCAUGGGAUUUGUCGAAUGUCAAGAGUGUGGAUCACAUGUUUUAUCGGGCACGCGUCUUCAAUCAAGACAUUUCCAAAUGGGAUUUGUCACAGGUCGAAAACCUGGCCUACAUGAUCGCGGGGGCAUCCGCCUUUAAUCAAGAUGUUUCCAAAUGGAACGUUUCGAAAGUUACCAACAUGUACAACACCUUCAAUAGUGCAUUGGCUUUUAAUCAAGACCUUUCGGCAUGGGACGUUUCGUCGGUUCAGACCAUGGAAAAAAUGUUUUGGGGUGCAACCUCCUUCAAUGGAGACUUAUCCUUGUGGAAUACUUCCUCUGUGACCGACAUGACGGGAAUGUUUAUUGGUGCCUCCUCGUUCAAUCAACCUUUGGAGAAAUGGGACGUGUCUUCUGUAAAGAGUAUGCAUCGCAUGUUUCAAGAGGCAUCCUCCUUCAAUCAAGAUUUGUCCUCCUGGAAUGUAUCCAAUGUACAAGACAUGGCCGGCAUGUUUCACAAGGCGACAUCCUUUCAGCAAGACUUGUCGUCUUGGGAUGUUUCGAAACUCAACAGUGCAAAGGAUAUCUUUGAUGGAGCUACUACUGCCAUGGAUCUGACUAUAAUUUGCAAUUCGUGGGGCGAGGCUUGGAAAAAUGUUUUAGCCAAGGUGUGCACGGAAGAACACGAGGCUACGACUACUACUACUACUACUACUACUACUCCAACUUUGGAUGCAACAAGUAGCGUGGCUACUGCUACUAAUGACCAGACUGUGGAAAUGAAGGCCACGAAAACUGCAACUUUGGAUGCUGCUGGAAUGCAUGCUUCUACUGCCACUAGUGGACAGACUAUGUACGGAGCACUUGUAUUAGUGGGUUUGUUGUUACUUUAUUGCGUUAGAUAUCGAAACCGAUCCAAGAGGCACAACCAUUAA